AGGAAUAAGGAUUGUCCCUACUGUGUAUCGGUGGAGGCUGCACUGCACGAGUUCUUCAGAAUCGGUAUAUGUGGAGAGAGUUAACCUGUCAUUUUUGCCGAUGUUAGUGAUUUGACAUCAAGUUUUAAAAAAAAGCCGAAGACUGAGUAGAAUGAAAACAAAAACCAUCAAAUGUUCACUUGCUGCUAAGUAAUUGCCUGUUGCUAAAAGGAAAUUCAAAUCCACACAGGUCAUGAAAUACAUCUCGCUCACAAGAUGUAAUUUAUUCACUAUACAAUUUGUCACUGUCAGAACAAUAAAUGAAUAAUAAUUAAGAUAAACGAAUCUGCAAAGAAAUCGAACGUGCAAAAACGGAAAUUGAAGGGGAAGACUUGUACUACGAGUUACCACAAACAGUAAUAAGCAAACAUUUCUUCCUCCAUGUGUGACAUGAGCUCAAACAUGCCUCAAAAUGGCCUUUUGGCACAUUUAAGUUAGGAUAUCUCAGAAUCCUGACGUGCUAGGCAAAAACAAACAACGGAUUCGGGUUUAACACACGAAAAACUUUUGGGAUCACCUUGUCUGAUCUUUGGUGCAUUUAUAUAUACACACAUAUGUAUCAUGACCCGCAAAUGUGCGCUGUGUAAAGAGAUCAAUUAUAAGAGGAACAAAUAUAGUUUCUUCUCAGCGCCUAAGGAUGCAGAAACACGCAAAAAAUGGCAAGCAGCUCUUAAUAUUAAAAAUUACACCGUCACAGAUGAUACAUACGUAUGCAGUAAACAUUUUCAGAAAAGUGAUAUUAUUACGCAUUGGGUUAGCGGUAUACCACCGCAAGUAAUAAAGAUCAAAUACAAGAAAUGUCGAUUGCGUCCAGAAGCUGUACCAAGUAGAAAUUUUUGUUCAGUUACUAGUUCGCAGGUGGUUGACAAACAUGCCUUGAAUAAAUAUGAAAACAAAUCCGAAAACAAGCACUUAUUGGAAAAAAAUAAAACCUUUCACAGAAAAAACAAGAAUACAAUAAAUUGUAACGAAGACAUAGAAAAUGAAAAUAUCAACACAUGUCAUCAUACUUCCAAAUCACAAGAUUAUAUAUGUAACUAUGAAGAAAGUGAUGAAAGCUGUAUAUUUCAAUCAUUAAAAGACCUGGAUGAGAAAGAUGUAGGCACACAUGAUUCAAAAUUGGAAAAUUCAGAAUUUGAAAGAAAAAUAUUAGCUGAAAUAUGUGAAGAAGAUAAUGAUAACAAUCCCUGCUUAGAUUUCACCGAAUCAAUUAAUUCUAUGAACGUGGGAGAAGAGGGAAAUCAGAUGUAUGAUAAAUCAUUUUGUGCAAAAACAUUCAAAACAGUGGACUAUGAUAUUAAAAGGCAUGAUUCCACAAAGAAGAAUGAUACAAUCGCAGUAACCUGGAAACAUAAUACUCCUUCCACAGAUUCUUCUCUGAAAGAGAAUACUAUAAAUAACAGGUUAAAGAUAAAUGAUUCCUAUAUAGAUGAUCAAGUAACUACUUUAAAUUACAAUCAUUUAGAUAUGCAGAACAAAGAACCAUAUGAUGGCAUUAACGAGGAUGAAUUAUUAUUUGAAGAUUUUCUUGAAAUAUGUACAGAAAUAGUUAUACCAAGUAAUUGGUCCUGCUUAGUAACAUCAAAAGGAUAUGGCACUACUGUAGUAUAUCUCUGUAUGAGUAUAACAAAGUAUGGAUUGCCUUUUGUAGAAAAACAGAUUUUUAUAAGAAGUGACAUGAUAUUACAUUACGUUGUAGCUAACAAUGAAAUUGAUCCACUCAUGCAUAACCUUGUAAAAGACAUAAAACAUAUCAAACUAAAAAACUUAGUAGAAUUGGAAAUACUUAUUGACGAGUUUAAUCAGCGAGUCAUUUGCCAAGGUAUAUAUAACACAAGAAAUUAUAAAGGGAUCGAUACAAUGCACAAAUAUACAUAUAUGGAUGGAAUCAAGUGGCGUCAUAUUUCUUGCUUCUUAAUUAUAAAUAAUGACUCAACUAGAUGUACAAAAUGCGUUAGAUUAUCCCAUACGCUGUUACGUAUACAGCAUAAAGAUUUAUUUUAAAUGUUUCUUAAGACUUCACAAAUUUACAAUAAUGUAAAGUAAGAAAAAUAAACAUAUGUGAUUUGCAUUAAAGAGAGUAUAUAUGUGUAUGAAUACCGGCCUAACUGAUAACAUCCUGUCUCAAGUCUUACAAUUAGCUCUGUUCUUUCAUCAGAUUUCUUAGUUGAGUAAUUUAUAAAUUAAUAAAUUCAGAAAAUUUAGCAUUCCAAUUUUAUUAUAGUAUACAUAAAAAAAUGGUCAGUAAUAAUUUCUUAUGAUUAUGAUAUUAAAAUUCCAUUUACAAAUUAGCUAUAUUGUUCAUAUAUUAUAAGUUAUUUGUAGAUACGUGAAAUUAAAAAAAAAGAACUGUACA